ACGGCUGCGAGCGCUGUUCGAGCCGGAGGGGAUGGGAAGGUUUUUAGAGGACGGCAAUGAUCGAAGUCUUUCUGGAUCGGAGAGAAAGUUCAGUUCGUGAGUUCGCUACAGAGAGAGAGAGAGAGAGAGAGAGAGGGGUAUGGGGGAUGCGGUGUUGAAUCGAGGGUUGCUGCAAAGUGGAAAAUUCGCCACUCAUUUGAGUCUGAACAACGCUGUCACAAUCCCCCGACUGGGCUUGGGCACUCAUCGAAGCACGGGAGAGGACGUCAAGGCAGCUGUUCUGUGGGCUCUGCAGAGUGGAUACCGUCAUAUCGACACCGCCUCCAUCUACAAGAACGAGACGGAAAUUGGGCAGGCCGUAAGAGAUUCUGGGGUAGCUCGAGAGAGCCUCUUCAUCACGAGCAAAGUUUCACCAUAUGAACAGGGUUUUGAGUGCGCACUCGCAUCUGUGGGUAAUAUCUUACAGCGCCUUGACUGUGGUUACCUAGAUCUUUGCCUCAUACACUGGCCAGGUGCAGCAAAAUUGAAAUUGCAAUCAGAGAAAAAUAGGGAGCUUAGACAAGAAACUUGGCGAGCCCUAGAAAAGUUGUACGACGAGAGGAAAUGUAGGGCUAUUGGAGUAAGUAACUUCACCGUGCAGCACCUUGAAGGACUUCUCUCCACUUGUGCGAUCAAGCCAGCGGUCAAUCAAGUGGAGAUGCACCCGUACUUGACACAGGCCUCUUUACGAGAUUUCUGUACGCAGAAAGAUAUCGUGGUGGAAGCUUACUCGCCCCUCGGUGUUGGCAAUCUUUUGACAGAUCCGGUGGUAUGUGAGAUAGCAGCUAGGCGGCAGCGUACACCUGCGCAGAUUCUCCUCCGCUGGGGUUUACAGCAGAACGUUGUUGUCCUGCCUAAAAGCGUGAAGAAGGAGAGAAUCAAAGAGAAUAUAGAUGUAUUCGGCUUCAGCUUGUCAGAUGAGGAAAUGGCUACACUUAAUGGUCUCGAUCGCAAUCACCAUUUCUGUUGGUCGCCUGAUGGCAUUUUGUAAAGAACACAAUCUUAACUUUUAAAUUUUAACUCUGCUUGACAAUC